GCUUUCCAUUUUAUUGAAUAAUUCAAAUAAAGCCAUAUUAUAAUUGCAUAAUUGAGUAUCAUCUUUCCAAAUCUAUGGGUCAUGUUAAUGGUUGUUAUCCAAAACCUUUCACGUGCUUCACUGCUUCUCCCUGGCAUUAUUUGCAGUUAGCUAGUCACUCUACGCAACACCCAAUACCCGUAGGCCAUUGCCCUCUCCUUCUUUCCCCAAUAUUCUCCUUCCGCAACACUAACUGUUGUUAACUACUGAUUCACUCAAAUGAUCCAUCAACCCUACGUUAAUCACCCCCCAUCAAACCCUUGGUUUCGCCAUUGUUGAUUUUGAAGAUGAGGCCAAACCGCAUUCAAACUGCCAUUCUUUUCCUUUCCUUUUACACACUAUCUGUUUCAGCUUUAAAUCUCUCUUCGACACCGGAGAACGAUGCUUUAUCGAUACUAGCAUUCAAAUCCAAAGCAGAUCUCCGCAACAAGCUUCCCUAUUCCGUUAACUCGAGCUCCACCUACUGUAAAUGGCAGGGAGUACAAUGCCAGACCGACGGUAAGGUUGUGCGACUCGUUCUUGAGAAGUUAAGCCUCGCAGGUGUUUUUGCUCCCAACACAUUGACUCGCCUAGAUCAGUUACGAGUCCUGAGUCUGCAGAGCAACUCGCUCACCGGACCCAUUCCUGAUCUCGCCGGACUCGUUAACCUCAAAACCCUGUUUCUGGACCACAACUCCUUCAGUGGUGUUAUUCCGCCCUCGAUCUCUUCCCUUCAUCGUCUUCGGACCCUAGAUCUCUCCCACAAUAAUUUAUCCGGUGUCAUUCCUGUUGAUUUAGCAAAUUUAGACCGAUUAAACUACCUUCGACUCGAUUCAAAUCGUUUUAAUGGUUCGAUUCCACCUCUCAAUCAGUCAUCUCUUCAGAUCUUCAAUGUUUCUUUCAAUAGUUUAUCUGGUCCGGUUCCUGUAACCCCUACACUCGCUAACUUCACGGCUUCCUCGUUCUCGUCUAACCCUGGACUGUGUGGUGAGAUCGUCCGUACAGAAUGCAGCAUCAUCGGACCAUUCUUCGGUAAAAAUUCCACGGUAACAUCGACAUUAACACCGCCACCUCGAGUGGUGCUAGGGCAAAGCGCGGAAAUGGAAAAGGGGGUGGCGGGUGUUACAGAUUCCGGUUCGAGAAAGCACAAGAGAUUAGCACUGAUAUUUGGUUUCUCAGCUGGAGUUCUGGUCCUAAUUUCAUCAAUAAUGUGUGUACUCAUAUCAAUCAAGACAUCGGAGAAGAAGAAGAGAAAGGAUAUUAUGUCAACAAGCGAGAUAAUGGAAAUGGCAGCGGCGGCGGACGCAGCCGCGGAGGUAAUGAGGAUGGAGGAAACAAACGAGUUGGAAGAAAAGGUGAAGAAACUCCAACAGGGGAUUGCAAUGGGGAAAAGCGGAAACCUCGUGUUUUGCGCCGGCGAAACUCAGUUGUACAGCCUUGAACAGCUGAUGAGAGCGUCGGCGGAGUUGCUAGGAAGAGGAUCGGUGGCAACCACAUACAAAGCCGUUCUGGACAACCGUCUAAUCGUCUGCGUGAAACGGUUAGACGCCGCGAGAUUGGCCGGAACCACCAAGGAGACAUUUGAGAGACACAUGGAGGCGGUGGGUGGGCUGCGCCACCCAAAUCUCGUCCCUCUUAGAGCUUAUUUUCAGGCGAAAGAAGAACGACUACUCGUUUAUGAUUACCAGGCCAACGGAAGUCUCGAGUCUCUCAUCCAUGGUUCAAAGUCAACAAGAGCAAAACCACUACACUGGACAUCAUGCUUAAAAAUAGCCGAAGAUGUAGCACAAGGUCUCGCAUACAUUCACCAAGCAUGGAGACUUGUUCACGGGAAUCUCAAAUUAUCCAAUGUCCUUCUCGGUUCUGAUUUUGAAGCGUGUCUUUCUGACUACUGCCUCACCGCCAUCUCCAACCGCCAUCCUGAUGGCGGCAACGCUGAUUCUGCCGCCCAUGAGCCGCCGGAAACCCGCAAGUUAAACCACCAACCCACCGCCAAAUCGGAUGUCUACUCGUACGGGGUUUUGUUGCUUGAGCUUUUGACGGGGAAACCGGCUGUGGAGCACCCGCAUUUGAUGCCGGAAGAUAUGGUGGAGUGGGUGAAGUCGGUGAGGGAUGGUGGUGGUGGUGGUGGGGUUGUGGUGGAGGAUCACCGGUUGGUUAUGUUGGUGGAGGUGGCGAUUGUGUGUAGGGUGAGUUCGCCGGAGCAGAGACCGACGAUGUGGCAGGUGUUGAAGAUGAUUCAGGAGAUUAAAGAAGCGGCGGUGGUGGAGGAUUAUGGGGUGGAAUUGGAGCCAACGAAUGGGACAGUAUAGGGAAAGUUAUUUGGUCUUUGAAAGAAAAUGUUUGUUGUAAAGAUUUUGGUUUUUGAAAUGAAAUUAAUCAAAUUAUGAUGA